AUGGGUUAUGAUCAGAGAAAUUGGGUUGCAUAUACGGUGUUGCUUUGUUCCUUAGUAAAUUCGUCAUAUUCUUACCAGUUGUUGGUCGGAGGCCGAGAUGGAUGGGUCCUCAACCCUUCGGAAAGCUACCACCACUGGGCCACCCGCUUGCGCUUCCAAGUCAAUGACACCCUCCUGUUCAAAUACAAGAGAGGAAGUGAUUCUGUGUUAGUAGUGAACAAGGAAGAUUACGAGAGCUGCAGCGUCGCGAAUCCGGUGGUGAAACUGGAGGACGGGGAUUCCGAGUUCAGAUUGGACCGGUCGGGCCCGUUCUACUUCAUCACCGGAAACAAGGCUCGUUGCGAUCAGGGGCAGAAACUCAUAGUCGUCGUUUUAGCCAUCAGGACCUCGCCAUCCCUGCCCUCGCCCUCGCCCUCGCCCUCACCCUCGCCAGAAGCUCCAGCGCCUGACGGCCCUCUGACACCGCCGCACGUUAAACCGCGGCCGAGGUCGUUGGCGGCUCCACCAUGCACUGCUUCUGUUUUCUUCAUGUCAUGUGUUUUAAGUGUGGGUUUGGGGCUCUUAAAUUUUAGGGUGUUUUCAUAGGAACAAUAUUUUGGGAUAUUUUUAUUGCCAAGAUCUGUUUGUGAUUCAGUUUAAUUUAGUUUUCAGACUAUGCUUUCUAUACACAUUCUGUCUCUUUUUUUUGUUUUGAUUGAAAUUGUGGUUCUUGUUUUUAUUCAUAUGAAUA